AUGCGAUUACCCAAAUUUGAUGAUAUAUCAUUACUUGGUAAUAGAUUGUUGCUUGAGGAGCUAUCAUAUGAUCGUAAAGCUCUAUAUGAAGAGAGAGAAAUCCUUACCAUGAAGUUAACAGAUGAACAAAGGGUGAUAUAUGACACAAUAAUGGACGAUGUUAUUUCAAAUAGUGGUGAAUUAUUCUUCGUUUAUGGUUAUGGUGGGAUGAGGAAAACAUUUCUUUGGAGGGCAUUAUCAUCAACACUGCGUUGUAAAGGUGAUAUUGUGAUCAAUGUUGCUUCAAGUGGUCUAACUUUAUUGCUUUUACUGGGUGGUCAUACAACACAUUCUAGGUUUGUAAUACCCAUAUUGGUAAAUGAGGAUUCAACAUGUAACAUCAAGCAGGGUAGUCACCUUGCUGAAUUGGUUAUCAAGACAAAGUUAAUUAUAUGGGAUGAUGCACAAAAAUUGUUUCGAAGUGCUUGA